UCUUUUCUUCUUCUAUUCUCUUUCUCCAUUUGCAUUCACUGUGGUAAAUGACCACAUACCGAUAGGAAGAAGAAACAUAAGUCGCAAUGGGAAUGGACAGAAAGGUAGAUAAACAUAUGGAUCAGCAGCUAAAGGUGGGACUGAGCUUGGUUUGAGAACACCAAGGAUAAAGGAAUUUGGCCUUUUUUUUUUUUUUUGGACCAGAACCCAGAAGGGAGAACAUAAUUAUGUGGAUUGGCAUGAUCUGAGUUUGAAGUGGGUACAGCACAAACCAAAUCUGGAUCAGCAGCAGCACCUGAGCGUAACAGGGUUGCUGGAUUGCUUGAGCUUGGAUUAAAACAUCAAUAGCAGGAAAGUGGAACAGCACCAAGAACUGGAUCAUAACCUGGAAUGGAUUUUAUUUCUCACUUUGUAUUGUGUGGAGGAUACAAACAGCACCUGGAUUACCACAGCUGAAGAAGGGGUUGUUGGGGUGGUGGUAAUUAAGGGGGAUCAGAGUGGAUUUCAAUCAAGCACCUGCAGAAGGUGGAUCAAGACCUGGAUCCCAAAUCAGAAAGAGGAAAGUGGAUUCAGAAAAGCAGUGGCAGCAGCAGCUCCAAGCUGGUUUUGCAGGAUCCCCUUAAUAAAGGCAGCCCGGACAUCCAGGAGCUGCAACUGCAGGAGGCGCCGCUAGUAUGUGUGCUGUUCAAGUAAAACUUGAGCUGGGUCAUCGUGCCCAGGUUAGAAAGAAACCUACACUUGAAGGAUUCACCCACGAUUGGAUGGUAUUUGUCAGAGGACCAGAGCACAGUAACAUUCAGCACUUUGUGGAGAAAGUCGUAUUUCACUUGCACGAGAGCUUUCCAAGGCCCAAAAGAGUUUGUAAAGACCCCCCCUACAAAGUAGAAGAAUCGGGAUAUGCUGGUUUCAUUUUGCCAAUAGAAGUCUACUUUAAAAAUAAGGAAGAACCUAAGAAAGUCCGUUUUGACUAUGACUUGUUUCUACACCUUGAAGGUCAUCCACCUGUAAAUCAUCUUCGGUGUGAGAAACUAACCUUUAACAAUCCCACAGAGGAGUUCAGGAGAAAACUGCUUAAGGCCGGAGGGAUCAUGGUUAUGUCAGAAGGAUCAACGUUCUCUUCAGGUACUAGUCUUCAUCUACCCAGCCUGCCCAGCAACUCCUUAUCUUUCUCUGAUGUAAAGAAAAGUAAAUCAUCUCAUGGAUCCAAGGACCCAAAUAAGCUGAUUAGUAUAAACAGUAGCAGUAACACCGGUGGCAGCAGUAGUGUUGGCUUGUCAAAACCCCAUAAGUCUUCAAAGGAGCACAAGGAAAAAUCAUCAAAAGACUCAAAAGAGCAUAGAAGUGCCUUCAAAGAACCUUCCAGGGAACAUACCAAAUCUUCCAAAGAUUCCUCCAAAAAACCCAAAGAAAACAAACCACUAAAAGAUGAAAAAAUUGUCCCUAAAAUGGUCUUUAAGGAACCUAAACCCAUGUCUAAAGACCCGAGGUGUGAGAACAAUAAUAUUCUUACAGUGUCAAGUGGACAUCAGCAGGAAAAGAAACUGUCUAGCAAGAGGCCUACACACACAGACUCAGAGGAUCCACUUUCCAGGAAACGGAAAAAAAGCAGCUCAGAAUCUUCAUUAAAAACGUUUUCUAAUUCCUCACUUUUGGUACUGUCUUCUUCAGAAAAAAAGCCCCUUAAAGACAAAUCUCAGCCUAAACCUGGGAAGGUGAAGGUUGAAAGUGAAGUCCUAGAUAAGAAGAAGCUGCCAUUGCCCCCUUUUGAAGACAUUGUGGAUCCCAAUGACACAGAUCUAGAAGAUAACAUGUCAUCCAAAUCAGAGUCUGGUCAGCCGAGUCCCGCCAGUUCCACAUCCAGCUCCAGUUCCAGCUUGGCACCACCUCAUAACCACAGACAAGAUUUCUUUGUGUCUUGUACAGGCACCCUUAGGUCCAUAAUGAAAGACUUCAAUUCUGAUGAAAACGAGGAGGAAUCAGAUGAAGCAGAAGAUAACGAUUCUGAAAGUGAAAGGACAAUCCACAUGCAUGGAGGAAGUCGGGCGCGCAGGAUAAGCCUUAGUGACGGAAGCAAUAGUGAAAGCAGUUCUGUUUCUUCACCUUUACGGAAUGAGCCUCCAACAUUGCUAAAAACGAGCAACAAUCAGAUCCUUGAAGUAAAAAGUCCUAUUAAACAGAGCAAGUCAGACAAGCAAAUAAAGAAUGGAGACUGUGAUAAGGCAUACUUAGAUGAAUUAGUUGAACUUCACAGAAGAUUAAUGACUCUAAGAGAAAGACAUGUACUUCAGCAGAUAGUGAACCUUAUAGAAGAAACUGGACAUUUCCAUAUCACAAACACAACAUUUGACUUUGACCUAUGUUCUCUGGACAAAACCACAGUCCGUAAACUACAGAGUUACCUGGAAACAUCUGGGGGAUCCUGAGAAUAUCACAUCUGCCUGCCUAGGGUGGACUUGUAAAGGGCAGAUAAAACGCAACAACUGAACUGUUCAUGAUUAUGUAGGAUAAAAUGAAAAGAAACCCAGGAGAACUAUAAGGAAAUAAAAAGUCUUC